AUGGCUUUCGCGGUCGAUACAGUCUGUAAGAAGGAUGUUCGCAUUCAGCUCCGAGAUGGUGUCGAGCUCUUGGCUGACGUUUUUCGUCCGCUGACAUCCGACGACGAGCCUGUCCCAGCCAUCAUGCCAUGGAGCCCAUAUGGUAAGACUGGAACCGGUCUGCUGCAGCUUGACAUGUUCUCGUGGAGAGUCGGCGUGCCUCGCUCUGCGACGAGUGGUCUGGAAAUGUGGGAGGCUCCUGGUCCUGCCGAGUGGGUCGCCCGCGGUUCCGCUGUUGUCAAUAUCGAAGCUCGAGGGUCGUUCAAAUCCGGCGGCGAUCUUUACGUCGCCAUGGCCGGGAACUCGUGGCUUGCGACAACGCAGUGGUUCAUCGCUGCCGAACAACCUCCUCAUCUGACUUGCAUGACACCUUUGGAAGGGCUCGGAGACUACUAUAGGGAGUCUAUCUGUCGCGAUAGCAUUUCUGACCAUGCUUUCUGGGACGUGUUGAUAGGGUGGGCAUGCGGACCUGGGAUGCGCGAGGACCUCAGCGCGAUGGUGGAUAAGUAUGGUACCUGGAACGACUACUUGGAAGAUAAGAAGCCGAAGCUCCGCAACAUUACUAUUCCGAUGUAUGCCACUGCCAGCUUCUCAACUAGGCUACAUACCGAGGGAUCAGUCAGAGGAUUCCAGCUCUCUCGAUCAUCUGAAAAAUGGUUGCGCUGGACUGCAACUCAAGAAUGGCAUGACAUUUACCAGCAAGAGAAUCUCGAUGACUUGCAGCGAUUCUUCGACAAGUACAUGCUGGAUAAAAACAAUGGCUGGGAGACUACGCCCAGGAUCCGAUACUCGCUGCUGGGUUACAACCGUGCAAGCUGUCCGCCAGCGAAGUUCAGGUACGAAACCUUGUUCCUCGAUGCGACGAAUGGAUCUCUGGGGCACCGAAAACCCCCGUCUGAGAGCGUGGUCGAGUAUCAAGCGGAAUUGCCUUCUGACGAUGGAUGCUCGCUCAUCCACACCUUCGAGGAGUACACCGAGCUCUGUAGUGUAUCGAAGGCCAAAGUGUACAUGUCAACAAUUGGUCAUGACGAUAUGGAUGUCUACGUUGUGCUACGCAAGCUCGACAAGAAUGGCAAAGCACUGUGGCACCAGAAUAUACGCAUGGAAGACCUCCCAAAGGGCACGACAGUGGACGAUAUUUCGAAUGAGAACAUUUGGUAA